UGAGGGUCAGUGAUACUGGAUGAACCUAUAGAUUAUUGUGUUGGGGUCAUGUUUUAUUUGUUUUAUUUGUUGAUUUGUUGAUUCUUCCUGUCAACACCAAUUGCAUGUAGUAGAUGUUGUAAUCUAAUUCCCUGAGACAGAUAUCAAAUCAUUGUGAGGAGCAGAGUUGUGUGAGGCUGUGCAUUUGAAGAGAUUGAGAUGGUCUUGACAGGACGGGUAUAGAUCAUACACUCAGGAAAGGACCAGUCAUGUCAGUCAGUCAGGAGGGACUACUGAGGUCAAGAGAGGACUGUUCUGGGCAAAUCCGACACUUAGAGAGAAGUGUCGGCAGUGUUGUCGAGGUAAUGGAGGAGAUGAUGAGAAAACUCGACUGCACAGAGAGACAGGGGACCAGUGCUAAUGUCCAAACCACCCCGACUAUGUCAGAGUUAAGGAGACUGCAGGCCCAGCGAGGCCACGAGCAUGUCGUGUGGCAGGCUGAGCUGCAAAAGAAAGAUAGACAGAUCACAGCUCUCAAGGAGGAGCAGGAGCGGCUCCUGCUACUUCUCUGGGGAGAGAGGGAGCGGUACAGGAGUGAGAGGAAGGACGUGGACAGGGACAGAGAGACAGAAAGGGCCGUGUGGAGGGAGAGGAUGAGCGACCGAGAGAGACAUAUACUGACAACCGUCUUGGCUGUAACAGAGAUGAAACUGACACUGAAUUGGUCUGCUGGUCCUGAAGUUCAACAGGUAAACACCGAAACAGUUUACAGGGAAUUUCAAAGAAAUUGCACAGAGCAAGAAACGAAAGGACAGCCAAUGCCGAGGAAGUUGGAGAGAGGCUGUAACUCAGGAGGACAGAAAUGGACACAUGACACGAGUUCACGGACGACGUCCACUUCAACGCUGACACCAGCUAUGGUAACAGAUACGGUAAAAGCAGAUGAGCAGGAAGCACUGAGGGCUCUACUGCUGGAGAAAGACAGACGGCAGCGGAGAGGGACAAAAGCCGCAGAGCAAACAGGGCACGGGGAGGGUGUGAACGCCAGAGCCGGAGCAGAGAGGAGAUUCUGGAGUCCGCUGCGAGGGUUUAGCUGGUUUGGCAUCACAAGAAAAAGCACAUCACAUGGAAGGGUGUCUGGGGCAAGAGAGUCCAGCGCGAGAAUGUAUGUGUAAUUCAGCCAACGAAGCAAAAAUAAUUGAUAAUAAAACUGAUUAAAUAAAAUUUCAAACACAA